AUGGAGUUCUGGUUUACUAUGCCGGCUAUUUGGUCAGACAAAGCACAGCAUGCAACCAGGGAAGCAGCGAAGCGUGCUGGGUUUGGUUCGCGGCCCGGAGACGAAAUCUAUAUGAUAUCAGAGCCGGAAGCUGCAGCGAUUGCUGCUCUUAAAGACCAUACAAGCAAUGAAGCUUUGAGUAUUGUGAAGCCCGGAAAUGGAGUCUUGAUUUGUGAUUGUGGGGGAGGAACUGUCGAUGUCACCACGUAUCGAAUUUUGGAAACUUCUCCGAGACUCACGUUCGAGGAACUAUGCACCGGCGCUGGAGCAAAGUGCGGCUCCACUACAAUUGACCGGCAGUUCUAUAAACUUAUGCUGGAGAGAUUUGGAGACGCUUUCCGUGAUCUCCCUCUGAAGACGAAAGGCCCAGGGAGCGACUUUAUGGACGAAUUUGAGAAGAUCAAACACGACUUUGGAUACUCUGAGAGUGGAGAUGAGAAUUACGAGCUACCACUUGAUAUCUCAUUGAGUGACCCUGACCCUAAGCACUUCAACUGCGACGAACGGCUUGUUAUCCUUUCGGACAAGGAUGUCCGUGCAUUAUUUGAUCCAGUUAUCGGCAAGAUUAAAGCCCUGGUGAAAAGCCAAAUCUCAAUUGCCAAUGGAGAGACGGGUAAAAACGUCAUCAAAACUAUCAUCCUAGCUGGUGGAUUUGGGGACUCGGAAUACCUUAGAAAAGCGCUUCAACGAGAGUUUUCGGCACGACUGAGUAUUGAAGUCAUCGUACCUAAACACCCACAAGCCGCAAUUGUCAAGGGAGCUGCGUUGAGAGGCUUAGAUGGAUUGCGCCCAAUUACCAGACGAUGUCGCCGCCAUUAUGGAUUCUCGUGCGGCAAACCCUUUAGAAAGGGGGAAGAUAUGGAGCAUACAGCAUACAAGAGGGUAUUCGACGGAUGCAAGUAUUCGAGGGGAAGAAUGGAGUGGAUGGUUAAAAUGGGAGAAAAAAUGGGAGAAAAUAUCACAAAAAUGACGGAAAUGAAUUAUUCUGGAAAGGAUCAGCCGAUGAGUUGCAGGGUGGAGCUCUACUCGUGUAGUUUGAACGAAGCGCCUGAACGAGUUGACAGCCCUGGCGUCAAACUGGUCGGCCAUCUCAUUAUUGACUUCUCUACUGUCAACCGGGCCUGCCUAAAGACGAAAAUAAACGAUGAAGGCGUCCGGGUGUAUCUGGUUAGCUAUGAGGUUCAGAUGUGCUUUGGAGCAAAGGAGGGUAUUUUGAAAUUUUCUGCGGUUGCGAAUGGAAAGAAUUUGGGCGAAGCGCAGAUUGAUUUCUCAAAAGACUAA